GUGGCUGAUGGGAACACAGACUGUGGUCACUGACCGGAGACUCUACUGGCUUUUAUUCUGCUCAGAUCAGACCGCAUGUCUGACCCAGGGGGUCCGCCUGCUGCUGGGAGCAAACUGCGUCCAUUCCCCCUGAUCCCUGACGGAUGGAUGCGCUCCUGACGUAGAGCAGGAGGAUGAAAACCGCCGCCUGACUUAUAUUUUUUUAUUUGGCAUUUUCGCUCACAGCCUGUUUAUGGGAGGCAGGAGCUGCUUGGCCCUUUCUUUAUCACAGGGAAGAUGCAUCCGCGGUUAGCUAUGUGAAGAGCAGAGCAGAUCGCCCUAUCAUUCUCAUUUCGCGAUUCUGAGGAAUAAUUAUGAACAACGCGCAAGAUAUGUCGCCCGAUUUCGUGUUGAUGCGCCUGGUUUCCGCGGCCGAGGAUGACCGCUUGGACGCAGAAAACGGGAAUCUGCCGCCGGGAGGAGUGGUGGCAGGGCUGGGUAAGGAGGUCCUGGCUCACAGCGGCGUCAAGGCGGGUUUGGACAUAAGCCGAGAUCCGACUGCGGGCGUCGAGCAUCCCAGCAGCCGCCUGAACAAAGCGCAGCCGAGCGGGGAGGGCACGGCUGCACCUGACACCGGGGUGACGGAGAGCCGAGCCCCGCUGUCCGCGCCUCCUCCGCCGCAGAGCCCCAUGGAGGCCCAGGGCUUUGACUUUGCUGCCAGUCCCGGCCUCCGGCCUCAGCUGCUCGUCUUUUCCAAUAUAAUGCGCAACGAGGAUGGGAUUUUAGAAUUAGAGCGUCGGAAUCAGCCGAGGGAUGCUCUGGGUUUGGAGCAGAGCCCGGGCCCGGCUGUCAAUAACAACAUUCUGAGUCCUGCAGAGGCUCAGCAGCAUCAGCAUCAGCAGCAACAGCAGCAGCAGCAACAGCAGCAUCAUCAUCAUCAGCAGAACCUGCUGGAGCGGACAUGGGGAGCACAUCCGCCGCUCUCAGCGUCCGCUGAGAUGCAGGGAGCUGCGGAUCUGUGCCGCCGGCAUCGACUCAUCGCUACCCCGCCCGAGUGGCCCUUGUUGUCGGAGAGAACCAACCCUCUCACCGUCAUUGACUCUAAAUGGGGCUGCGCCACCAGGGACAGAGAGGGAGCCGUGUUCGAGUUGGCCCGGCGGUUCGGGGAACUGGGGGUCGGCGCGGUGCCCAAGAUGCUGCUGAAAGCAGGAGAGCUCCCGCAGUGUUCGUGUCAGGGCGCACACGGGCCCGGGGGAGGCGGGGUGGAACCCGGGGAUGACCCCACGGAGACCAGCGAUGCUCUGCUGGUGCUAGAGGGGCUGGGCAGCGGGGAUGUUGACGGCCUGGGCAUGGACGAGUGUCCAGGGGACGAGGGGGACGAUGAGAGUGGACGCCGCGAGUUUUUACUCAACAGGAAAAGGGAGAUAGUUGAGAAAAUGUCCGGCACUUUCUCCAUUAGCAGUUUCCAGGCGGAGCUGAGGAGGCAGGUGGAGGGGAUGGCCCCUGCCGCGACCCAGGCGACGGCGGCGGCGCAGGUGUGCAGUGUGCACGGGGGCUCAGCCAGCCGGCCGUCGCAUAUAAGCUCUGGGGAUGCGGCUGUUGUCGCGCAGCUUUCAGCCACACCGAUCCAGAACUCGCCGUGGACCAUGAGCCCAAACCUGAGCCAGGCUUCGACACCAAGGAGGCGACCGGAGCGGUGCGCCAGCGCGCCGCGGACUCCCACGGGCCGCGCGGCCGGUGCGGAAAAGACCCUCAAAGUUCCGGGGAAGUCCAAAAAGGGCUCGUUAAAGAUCCGCCUGAGUAAACUGUUUCGGACUAAAAGCUGCAGCGGCUCCAAUCACCUGCUGGACAAGAGGCCCUCAGUGACCUACUCAGUGUCUUCUGCCGGGAGUCUGGUGGACAUGGCGAGCACUCCUGGAGCUGAGCAGGACACAGACAGCCACAACCUGCCCAGGCUGACCAGGGCCCACAGUGCCUUCUCCCCUGCCUCCCUCUCUGCCUCCCUCUCUGCUUUCACUGGUGAGACUGUUUCUCUGAUGGAUGUGGAUAUUUCACGGCGAGGGGCGAACACGCCACACCCUCCCACGCCUCCUCCUCCUCCACGGCGAAGUCUCAGUCUGUUAGAUGACAUAGCUGGGCCUCAGCCUGGGCCCUUCCUAGUUAUGGGUGCGUCCCUGCAGUCCCUCCCCCUGCCUCUCCCUCCUCCUCCUCCUCCCUUCCACUCCACCAUGCAGCACAGUCUCAGCCUCAACGACGCCUUCCUCCGGGCCCUUCCUCACUCAACAUCAUCAACCAUGGCCGACGCGCGACCCCCCACCAGACAAGCUCCGCCCCCCAUGCUGUGCGCCCUGCGGCGGUCUGAGGCCAGCAACUUUACAGCCAGUCUGAGAGAACUGGAGAAGUGUGGUUGGUACUGGGGUCCAAUGAACUGGGAGGAUGCAGAGAUGAAACUGAAGGGGAAACCGGACGGAUCCUUCCUGGUGCGAGACAGCUCUGACCCCCGAUACAUCCUAAGCCUCAGCUUCAGAUCGCAGGGAGUCACACAUCACACACGCAUGGAGCACUACCGAGGGACGUUCAGCUUGUGGUGUCACCCAAAGUUUGAGGACCGCUGCCACUCGGUGGUAGAGUUCAUCGAGCGAGCCAUCAUGCACUCCAAGAACGGCAAAUUCCUCUACUUCCUGCGCUCUAGAGUCCCAGGGCUUCCUCCCACCCCAGUUCAGCUGCUGUAUCCUGUGUCUCGCUUCAGCAAUGUGAAAUCACUACAACACCUCUGUCGCUUCUGCAUCCGACAAAUAGUCCGCAUCGACCACAUCCAGGAGCUUCCACUGCCCAGACCACUCAUCUCCUACUUGAGUAAGUUUUAUUACUACGACCCAGAGGAGGAGAUGUAUCUGUCAAUCAAGAGCAUCCAGAGGGUGGUGGGAGCAGAGCAGGAGGCCGAGUCGCAGACGUAACAUCAGAGAUCUUCUCAGUUCAACUUUCUGUUUGGAGGACUGAUCUGUGCUGGUCUGCCAGUCUUCCAGCAUCAGCCAAUCAGAGUCUGGAAAUCUCUGCAUCCAGAUGGACUGGGACGGACUCGCUUCUCUGUUGACUUGGACUAAUGAGAGGAGGGGAGGUGUGUGCAGCUGGAUGUUGUAAUAACUGUCGAUUAGACCGCACAGUUGAAGAAGACUCGGACUCGUCUUCAGACCGACCGCAAAGAUGUUCUCGUUUGCAAAGAUGUCUUGGGAAAAACAAUGGAAAGCAUACAUUUUGAACUCCAUUUGCAAGUUUCCUGCUGAACUGGACUUUAAAAACACAAAUGCACUGGUCAAUUUGUACAACUGUUUGCUGCCGUUUUCUUGUUUUUUUUCUCCCAUUCUGUCAAAAUGAGGGUGUUUGGAUAAAAACUUGCCCUCAGGAUCAAUUUACACCCUGAGCAGGGCAACAGAGACCCGUCAGUGGGCAUUUGGAAGGUCCAAGUACAAGAGUUUAAAGAAAGAUGUGCUAUCAUUUUCGAGGUUGGGCAUUUUAUUUUUUGCUUGACAAAACCGUGUUUCCAUUGUUAGCUAAAAAUGCUAAUGCUAACAUAAAUUAUGGAUUAAGAUAUUUUAUACCAGAACUUUAUUUUAAGUGGAAGUUCUUGUCUUACCCUGAGAGAAUUGAUAAACUACAUAAUACCUUACAUCAUACACCUCGACCUCUGAAUGUUUCAGUUAUGUUUUUUUUAAGCGUCGAUGGUUCAAGCCUGAAGUGUUCAUGUUAGCUGAAGUUUGUUUCACUUUGCCUUUACCAAGAAAUGAGUGAUAUAUUCACCCUGUCGGUGUUUAUCACAAUCUAGAGUAGCUGCUGUUAGGAGCUGUUAAGCUAACAAUGAAACAUGCCAACUAAUUCAAGGAAAAUUUUACUCUGUCUCUGAAACCACAGGUUUCUAUACACCUACAUUUGUACAAUAAUGGGAUUUUGGCUGAAUUACGUUUUCAUCGUGUAUUUUUUCAAAAUGUACAUUUCACUUGUUGCGACCACAUUAUUAAAAUUAAUUACAGUUAUUUUUCAAUGUCUUUUAACACAAUCCGUUUGUUCAAAUUUAAAAACCCCCAAAAUGCUUUCGUCCUCCAUCAUUGUUCACCAUCUCCUGGUGACCACCGUUAUGCAUUUACAUUGGAGGUUGGCUCUGGGAGUGACAUCACCCCUAAAUUCCCCGCGAUCCAGUUGAAAAGUCUUGGGCUAGCUAUUGCUAGCGAUACCAGUCGAUUACAAUGCUCAACGUGGAAUUCUGCUCACACAAAUGGUGUAGCAACAUAUCUACAGUUACCUGUAUGACUGAUGUACUGCUAAACAAAUAUGACAGGAGAGCGGUAAAUGGUAAAAGUAGCAGUAUUUGUAUGCUGGCAGCCAUCUUGGAAUCCUAUGUCAGGGUUGGUGAUGUUGCUCCGGGUUGGAAAUCUGAGUUCAGGGGGCGUUUCUUAGACACAGGAACGCCCCCUUGGAAUUCCGAGUUCCAACUACAAAUGGAAUAUGCCAUAAUAUGCUGUAUAUGAAAACAAUGGUUUCAGAAAACACUUUACCUCAAUCCAGCCAGUGAUUACAUUAUGUACGACUAGUUGUACAGACAUGCUGUUUCUCAGAGACAGGGUUGAUCAACCCACAUCGUUAUUGUUGCCAUUUCUGUCAUUCUCGUUGAUUGAUGAUCAGCUGUAGGAGAACGAGGACUUCCUUAUUCUUGACUGAAUGACAAAUUGCUGGUUGAUCAAAUGUUUCUUCAUUAAAGCACCACUGAGGAUAACACAAGAAGUGUGCUACAUAGAGGCAUUGGUAGUGAUCACAGACUGUAAAUAAAGAUAGAUGACUGGUCUCUACUUCCACCCAUUUUACAAAAUGAAGCCAAAUUAUCAAAUUAUUAUACGGGUGCUGCCAUCUCACAAUGGUGAAAUGACGUAUUUUGGAGUCAGAGUCUGUGCAAUAGUGUUUGUGGAGUGAAGCCAUUCUAUCAAGGUCCCACAAAUACACCUGCUCGUCCAAUCAUGAGUCAUUUUUAGCUGUCAAUCACAAUGUUUCACCUCGUAGUAUAUUAUAGUAACUACUGUAAAACAAACUUACGGGAAAAACAUAAUACUUGAUGAUAUGCAAGUGUGAUGAGAUUGAUGUAAAGUGAUGGAAA